AUGGCUAGAGAAAGGGUCAUAUAUCCCUCAUAUUAUCAAACAGACAAACCGAAAAUCAGAUGGGAGAAGCCUAGACCUAAAGAUUUAUCCCAGGCUCUGAUCUACGUCUUGUUAGUGUCAGUGCCGUUUUUCCUCAUCCUUUUGGGCAUAGUAUUGUCCUUUUGGUUAACAGGAGAUAACCCGAUCGACUACGAUUGGAGUACCAACAGAACUACAACUCGUCCACCACCAAGAAAAAAACCAAGAAUUGAUGAGUACGUUGAGACUGAUAAGCAAAACGAGACAUUAGCCGCAACGCAAACAGCACCAAUUGCAAAUCAAACAAUUCAAAAAUCUAGUAUUAAUGAGAAAGUUGACACUGAUAAGCCAGACGAGACAUUAGCCACAACGCAAACCACACCAAGUCAAAAAUCAAGAACUGGUGAGGAAGUUGAGACUGAUAAGCCAGACAAGACAUUAGCCGCAACGCAAACCGCACCAACUACAAAUCCACCACCAAAUCAAAAGUCAAGCAUUGGUGAAAAAGUUGAAACUGAUAAGCCAGACGAGACGUUAGCCGCCACACAAACCACACCAACUGCAAAUCCACCACCAAGUCAAAAAUCAAAUAUUGGUGAAAAAGUUGAGACUGGUAAGCCAGACAAAACAUUAGCCGCAACGCAAAAUACGCUACUUGUAAUUACUCCCUACCCCGUACCAACUUCAAAUCCACCAUCAAGUCAAAAGUCAAGCAUUGGUGAGAAAUUUGAGACUGGUAAGCCAGACGAAACAUUAGCCGCAACACAAACCACACCAAGUCAAAAAUUAAGAACUGGUGAGGAACUUGGUACUGAUAAGAGAUUAGCCGCAACGCAAAACACGCUACUUGUAAUCACUGCCAACCCCGUACCAACUGCAAAUCCACCACCAAGUCAAACGUCAAGUAUUGGUGAGAAAGUUGCGACUGAUAAACCAGCCGAGACAUUAGCCGCAGCGCAAACCGCACACACGCUACUUGUAAUCACUGCCAACCCCGUACCAACUGCAAAUCCACCACCAAGUCAAGAACCAAGUAUUAAUGAGCAAGUUGAGAUUGAUGAGUCAGACGACACAUUAGCCGCAACGCAAACCACACCAAGUCAAAAAUUAAGAACUGGUGAUCCUUCCAGUUUCAUUACCAUGAGGCCUAGGCCACCGCGUAAACCUAAACCCUAA